AAUUUUACACUGACGUCAUAUCCGCUUAGCAACAGGUGCUUGUAGCAACAGUCCGCCAUGACAGUUGGGUAUUGAAUGCACACAGCUUGCAGAGUAAACAUCGACAUUUUAUCACAAGUUUUGAUUUAUUAGCGUGAAUUGACAUUUUGUAUUUAAGUUUCUAGUUCAAAUCAUUGGAACAAUGUCUUAUGAUUACUAUGACAAACUGAAUGAUGAGCAGAAAGUGCGAUAUAAGGCUAAAAUUGGUGCAGCAGGACUUGAUCAGUGCCCGUAUCGUUUACCCGGUGAUUGUUGGGUGAACAAUCCGGCAAGAUGGCCGAAAUUAGAGUAUCCUGAUGUUUACGAAUAUCUGAUCAACACACCAGGUGUUCACACAAAAGAAGCCAUGCGUAACCGUAAAGCUCUCGAGGCGACAAAUCAGUUUCAGUCCGGAUGGGUUCGAACAGUAUUAUUUCAUGCUACAUCAAAGUGUGUGAUCCUUCGCGCAGAGGUGAUGCCGUCACAGAGGACCAAUGACAAUGCACACAACCCAUGGGUUGCAUUGACUCCAGAUGCUCUUGUUUGUACAGCACACUGUGACUGCAUGGCAGGAUUAGGAGAAUCCUGUUCUCAUGUAGCUGCUCUGCUCUUCAAAGUAGAAGCUGCUGUUAGACUAGGCUUAUGCGAUAGAGCAUGCACAGAUGAACCUUGCCGGUGGAACAAUGACUUUGUGAAAAAGGUGACACCAAGUCCCAUUUCUGAAAUCCCUUUCUACAAGGAAAAAACAAAGGAAAAUGCACAGAAGAAACAACGUCGACCACCAUUGUCAUGGGAGCCAGCCACAGAUGCAGAGCAGGCGAGUUUAUUAGACAUGUUAACAACGUGUGAAAAGGUGCCAAUAGGUCUUAGUCUGUUCAACAAAUAUCAUGAUAAGUUUCAUUAUAAGGCUGUAGUUCCGGAAAAAGUGAUGCUUCCCAAUUCGUUAAGGAAUUUUUAUAAACAGGAUAUAACUGAUGUAGAAAGUGAAGUCACAAGUCUAAUGAACAUAAAAUACAGUGCAGAAACAAUUAACCUUAUUGAGAAGAGUACGAGAGCCCAGUCCGCAUCAGUGAACUGGAAGCAAUUGAGGCAAGGCAGAAUAACUGCGAGUAUAGCUAAAGAAGUAGGAAAUCUGUCCCUUGACAAACCGGCUGCAUCAACCAUUCUAAAAGUAACAACUGCAGGGAAAGACAUUUCCAAUGUCCCUUCAGUUAAGUGGGGAAAUGACCACGAGAGCAUUGCUCUACAGGAAUUUACUGAACUUGUAAAAGACAAUCAUGAAGGAUUUAGUGUUUUAACGCCAGGAUUGAGACUGUCAAAAAAUCACCAUUUUAUUGGGGCGUCAGCAGAUGGAUUAGUGACUUGUGAAUGUCACGACAUGAGAACUGUUGAAGUGAAAUGUCCCUAUAAAUUAAGAGACAUAGACUCACAGGAAGAACUUCACUAUUGUGAAUUCUUAGAUGAAAAUCUACAGAUACAAAAGGAACAUAGAUAUUAUGAUCAAAUUCAACUUCAAAUGCACGUGUACGGAACUGAAGAGUGUGUUUUUAUAGUGUGGACACCUAAAGUGAUGUUCAUACAAGACGUGAAAAAGACACCUUGUUUAUUGAACAACUUCUUGUGAAGCUACUGCUUGCUUAUAAGCAUGUUAUAGGCCCAGAAGUACUGACAAGGCGUGUGGAGUCUUCAAGAAAACAAAUACUCUCCGUGCAGGAAGAUGAAGUUACGUGUAUGUGUAACGGUAAGAAAAACGAUGAACGUGCAAUAGGGUGUGACAGUGAGUCUUGUGAUGUGGGAUGGUACCACAAAAGUUGUGUUAGAGUAAAAAGGACACCGAAAGAAAAAUGGCAUUGUGCAGCAUGCAAGAAGGCAAAGAGAACUCUAUCUCUUGAGUGAAUUAUCUCUGCUAUUUAUCUGAAUAACAAAAUGUGUUGUUGUAAAAACAUGUCUGGGAAACAAUUGUUUGAUAAAUGGAUGACUACUGCACUAUAUUUUAGUAUCAUUUUUGCAUUUUAAAGCAUUGUUGAUUAUGGAUAAACAUAUGGCUGAAAUCCCUCUACAUAAAUGUUUGAUCAUCGGAGUAACUGUAUACUUGUAUGCAUAGGCUACGUAAAAUUUUAUGUCCAAAUAUCAAAAGUUCUGAGAUAUCAGACAUUUUUUUAGGUUUAGGAAUUUAGUGGUAGGAGA